ACCGGCUGAGCUGGAGGCGCAGGGUGGAGCUGUCCGGACACCCAGGUCAAUGGGGAAGGAGGCCACAGCCAUGGCGGGAUGCGGGUGGACGACGAGAGGUGGCUGGCAGUGAGGGAGGCACAUCCCUCCCAGCACUUGUGCCGUGCGACCAUGCAGUCUGGGACAGGACGCCCCUGAGAGUACAGGCACCCUCCCCUCCCGCCCCUCUGUCCCUUCGGGGGCUACAGCCCAGCCCCCCACCCAGUCCCCCCGGGCAGGCUGAGCGGGGUCUCCCGUGAGGGCGUUCCCGAUGGCCGGGUGCCGGUGGGGCACGCUGUGGAUGUGCGUGGCAGCCGCCACCCUGCUGCACGCGGGGGGGCUGGCCCGCGGCGACUGCUGGCUGAUCGAGGGCGACAAGGGCUUCGUGUGGCUGGCCAUCUGCAGCCAGAACCAGCCGCCGUACGAGGCCAUCCCGCAGCAGAUCAACAACACCAUCGUGGACCUGCGGCUCAACGAGAACCGCAUCCGCAGCGUGCAGUACGCCUCGCUGAGCCGCUUCGGCAACCUCACAUACCUCAACCUCACCAAGAACGAGAUCGGCUACAUCGAGGACGGUGCCUUCUCGGGCCAGUUCAACCUGCAGGUGCUGCAGCUCGGCUACAACAGGCUGCGCAACCUGACGGAGGGCGUGCUGCGCGGCCUGAGCAAGCUGGAGUACCUGUACCUGCAGGCCAACCUCAUCGAGGUGGUCACGCCCAGCGCCUUCUGGGAGUGCCCCAACAUCGUCAACAUCGACCUGUCCAUGAACCGCAUCCAGCGGCUGCACAGCUCCACCUUCGCCGGCCUGGCCAAGCUCUCCGUGUGCGAGCUCUACAGCAACCCCUUCUACUGCUCCUGCGAGCUCCUGGGCUUCCUGCGCUGGCUGGCGGCCUUCACCAACGCCACGCAGACCUACGACCGCAUGCAGUGUGAGUCACCGCCGCUCUACUCGGGCUACUUCCUCCUGGGCCAGGGCCGCCACGGCCAGCGCAGCAUCCUCAGCAAGCUGCAGUCCGUGUGCACCGACGGCUCCUACGCGGCUGAGCCCCACCCAGUGCCGGGACGUUUGCCGCCCGGCCGCUCGCCGCCGGGCCGCUCGCCGCCGCCGCCACUGCCCCCAGAGCCCAGCGAGGCCCCCUGCGCCGACGACGAGUGCUUCUCCGGCGACGGCACCACGCCGCUGGUGGCCCUGCCCACGCUGGCCACCCAGGCCGAGGCCCGGCCGCUCAUUAAGGUCAAGCAUCUGACGCAGAACUCGGCCACCAUCACGGUCCAGCUACCUAGCCCAUUCAACCGCAUGUACACGCUGGAGCAUUUCAACAACAGUAAGUCGUCCACCGUCUCCAGGCUGACCAAGGCCCAGGAGGAGAUCCGCCUGACCAACCUCUACACGCUCACCAACUACACCUACUGCGUGGUCUCCACUAGCUCGGGGCUGCACCACAACCACACCUGCCUCACCAUCUGCCUGCCCAAGCCACCCAGCCCACCGGGCCCCGUGCCCAGCCCCUCCACGGCCACCCACUACAUCAUGACCAUCCUCGGCUGUCUCUUCGGCAUGGUGCUGGUGCUCGGCGCCGUCUACUACUGCCUGCGCAAGCGGAGGCGCCAGGAGGAGAAGCACAAGAAGGCGGCCUCGGCCGCCGCAGCCGGCAGCCUCAAGAAGACCAUCAUCGAACUCAAGUAUGGGCCCGAGAUGGAAGCGCCUGGCCUGGCCCCGCUGUCCCAGGGCCCGCUGCUGGGCCCCGAGGCCGUGACCCGCAUCCCCUACCUGCCGGCGGCCGCCAGCGAGGUGGAGCAGUACAAGCUGGUGGAGAGCAGCGAGACGCCCAAGGCCGGCAAGGGCAACUACAUGGAGGUGCGCACUGGGGAGCCGGCGGAGCACAGGGACUGCGAGCUGGGCCGGCCGGGCCCCGACAGCCAGAGCUCGGUGGCCGAGAUCUCCACCAUCGCCAAGGAGGUGGACAAGGUCAACCAGAUCAUCAACAACUGCAUCGACGCGCUCAAGUCCGAGUCCACCUCCUUCCAGGGUGGCAAGUCCGGAGCCGUGUCCACGGCCGAGCCACAGCUUGUGCUGCUGUCCGAGCCGCUGGCCGGCAAGCAUGGCUUCCUGUCACCAGUGUACAAGGACACCUUCAGCCACGGCCUGCAGCGGCACCACAGCGUGGAGGCGGCCGCCGGGCCGCCGCGCGCCAGCACCCCGUCCGGCAGCUCCGUGCGCAGCCCGCGGGCCUUCCGCGCCGAGGCCACCGGCACACACAAGGCAGCGGCCACCGAAGCCAAGUACAUCGAGAAGAGCUCACCCUCGGCUGACGCCAUCCUCACUGUGACGCCCGCGGCCGCAGUGCUGCGGGCCGAGGCCGAGAAGGGCCGCCAGUACGGCGAGCACCGGCACUCGUACCCCGGCUCCCACCCCGCCGAGCCGCCCACACCCCCCGCGCCCCCACCCCAUGACAGCCUGGGCAGCCGCAAGACGUCCAUCCUGGAGCCACUGACCCGGCCGCGACCCCGAGACCUGGCCUACUCGCAGCUGUCCCCGCAGUACCACAACCUGAGCUACUCCUCCAGCCCCGAGUACACCUGCCGGGCCUCCCAGAGCAUCUGGGAGCGCUUCAGACUGAGCCGCCGGCGCCACAAGGACGACGAGGAGUUCAUGGCGGCCGGCCACGCCCUGCGCAAAAAGGUCCAGUUCGCCAAAGACGAGGAUCUGCACGACAUCCUGGACUACUGGAAGGGCGUGUCGGCCCAGCACAAGUCCUGAGCCUGCCAUGCGCCCACUGCUGCGCCCAGCCCCGCCCCGCCCGAAACUCGUGAUGCCCACUGGACCAAAAAGGACACAAGACUCUGCAGCUAUUUGUAACCCAGAGACUCUCACACGAACCCAACACACACACGC